GUCAUCGACCGAAAACAUUCUCCAGAAGGCAAGUGGAAAGGCGUAGUGUUCGGUCAGAAAGGCAACUCACGUAGUGGACAUUUUCAAUCGUCUGCUGUGAAGAUUAUUGAAAAGCCGGAAUCCGGUUAG